GCAGUGCAUCGAUUCCUACGUCUCCGGAGCCUCCGUAGCUCUCCCUUCUUCGCUCACAGUGAGUCUACCUCCGUACAAAAACUAGUCCUUCAUAUUUGUGCUAAGUUUCGUGUGUAUUAUGUAGAAGAGGUAGAUGCGUAUAUACAUGUCAGUGAAAUUGGUGUAGGAGAAAUUGAUGGGGUACAAGAAGCGAACGACUGCUCCUCGUUCCAAACCCUCAGUGGUGCCGGUGGAGGCUGCGGCCGUCUCUGUUGACUGGGCAGCCUCACCGGCAUCCCUGGAGUCCGACCAAAAUAAUGAUACUGUUCUGGAUAAAUCCCUGAUUCCGAAUGACAAGGUGGUAGUUGAAUCAGAAACAAAUGCUUCCUCAUCUUAUUCUAAUGUGAAGCUCGAAUGCGAGCGAGCACUGAUGUCCCUGCGUAGAGGGAACCACAACAAAGCCUUAAGGAUGAUGAAGGACUUGUGUGCGAAGCAUGAGAACUCACCCAACUUGGCUUUGAUUUACCGGGUCCAGGGAACUGUUUGUGUGAAAGUGGCAUCCAUUAUUGAUGAUCCCAAUGCAAAAAACAGGUAUUUGAAGAAUGCAAUUGACAGUGCUAGAAAGGCGGUCGUACUUGCGCCUAAUUCGAUUGAGUUUGCGCAUUUCUAUGCCAAUUUGUUGUAUGAGGCUGCAAACGAGACUACGGAGUAUGAGGAGGUUGUCCACAAGUGUGAGAGGGCAUUGGCAAUUGAAAACCCAAUUGAUCCUGCAAAGGAGAGCUUACAGGAGAAUCAACAGAGAUUAACCACUGCUGAGGCUCGGAUAUCACAUGUUCAAGCUGAGCUUAGGACUUUGAUUCAGAGGUCUAACCUUGCAUCUAUCUCGAGUUGGGUGAAAAAUUUAGGAACUGGUGAGGAGAAGUUCCGGUUGAUACCAAUCAGGAGGAUGGCAGAGGAUCCAAUGGAACUAAGAACAGUACAGGCAAGAAAGCCAAAUGAAAUUAAGAAGGCUACUAGGACGCCUGAGGAGAGAAGGAAAGAAAUUGAGGUUCGAGUGGCCGCUGCAAAACUAUUGCAGCAGAAAUCAGAAUCAACCCAAUCAUCGAAGGAGGGGGACAGGAGCUUGGACUCACCUGCUGGGUCAGUGCAUAGGGGAAAUGCUAGACGGAAAGGUGGAAAUGCACGGAAGAACGUGUCUUCCAUGGAGAGAAGGGACUGUGUGCGCUCCUAUUGGAGUUCAAUGACCACAGAUAUGAAAGAAAAAAUGUUGAGGAUUAGGAUUGUGGAGCUCAAAUCUCAUUUUCUCUUGCUGAAAGAUGGAUUGGCAAAUGAAGUGUUAUCUGAAAUUCUUUCAUUUGCUGAAGCAAAUAAAUCAUGGAAAUUUUGGACAUGUUGCCACUGUGCAGAAAGAUUUUCAGACUCUGAGUCGCAUAUUCAGCAUGUCAUAAAUGAGCACUUGUGCAGUUUGUCUCCUAAGCUGCAGUCUGUUCUGCCUCAAAAUGUGGAGAAUGAGUGGGCGGAGAUGCUCCUCAACUGUUCUUGGAAACCAUUGGAUAUUAAUGCUGCAGCGACAAUGAUUGAAAAACAUAUGAAAUCGCGGGUGCAUGGUUUUUUAGAAAAUACUAAUAUGUGUAAUGACAUGGAUGAGUACAGGGAUGACAUUUUGGACUCCUAUUGUGAUGAUGAAUACCAAUGGAAUUGCUCGUGUCGAAAGAAGACAUUAGGAGAUGGAUGCAGUAGAAGCACUUAUGACAGUAAAGAAUAUGAUAAAGCCACAGAAAAUUUGAUGGACCGUGAUGGAAACGAAUGCACAAAGGUAUCUGCCUCCUCUGAUUGCUGGCCAAUAGCUGAUGACCCCGAGCGUGAAAAACUGCUGGAAAGGAUACAUGGUGUAUUUCAAGUACUGAUUAAACACAAAUACCUUGGUUCUAGUCAUUUGAGCAAGGUUAUACAUUUUGCAGUAGAGGAGCUGCAGAGUCUUGGUUAUGGAGCACAGCUGUUCAACCACAAUGUUGGUCAGUCUCCCACGUGUAUUUGUUUUUUAGGUGCUCAGGAACUUAAGAAGAUUCUGAAAUAUCUUCAGGAGCUUUCUCAUUCCUGUGGCCUUGGUAGGUGUCCUGAGAGAAGUACUGCCAUAAGUGAUACCCAUACUAAGACUCAUAGAGUUGAUGAUUCAGAGAAUAUAUUUUUCAGUGAGGAUGGAUCAUGUUUAUUGUUUGAUGAGUAUUUCAAGGCAUGCAGGCUUUCUCCCAGCGUGUUUCAUGAUGGAGUUAACACCGAUCCUAAUUCUGCAACAAUUUCUUCAAGUAUUCAAUGUGAUAAUGAAUGUUUAUUUGAUUCUGAUGAAUUGUUAUCAUGGAUUUUCAUGGGAAGAUCUAGUGGGGAGCAGUUGAUAUCCUGGACACGCACAAGAGAAGAGAAAGCCCAACAGGCCAAAGAAAUUGUAAGAUCACUGGAGAAGGAAUUUUAUGAACUUCAGAGCUUGUGUGAGAGAAAAUGUGAGCAUCUAAAUUAUGAGGAGGCUUUACAAGCGAUAGAAGAUCUCUUCUUAGAAGAGUGUAACAGAAGAGAGCACACAAUGGACUUGAUCCACCAAAGUUUUGAUAUUGUCUUGAAGAAGCGGCGAGAAGUGCUUUUGGAAAAUCUUAACGAGGUUACAAGUUCCAACUACAGGCUCGAGAUCGAAGUUAUUUCAAGUGUUCUGAAAGAUGCAGACUCUCUUAAUGUUAAUCAGUUUGGAUUUGAAGAUACAGAUGGAGGAAUUUCAUCUCAUCUUUUUGAUUUGGAAUCUGGUCAUGAUGAUGAUCAGAGGGUGAAAGAUUACCUUAGUCAGGCAGAUUCGUAUGUAGAAGUUGCAUUACAGCGACAAAAGGAACAUGUUUCAGUUGAGCUCAGCAAAAUUGAUGCAAGAAUCAUGCGAGUGGUUAGCUUGAUGCAGCAGUUGGAAGUUCAGCUUGAGUCUGUAUCUGCCCAUGAUUAUAGAAAGAUCUUGGUCUCUCUAGUGAAGUCAUUUCUGCGGGCACACUUGGAAGAUCUAUCUGAGAGAGAUGCCACAGAGAAAUCUGAUGCUGCAAGAGAAGCAUUUCUUGCAGAACUUGCUCGUGAUUCCAAAAAGAGCUUGAAUGGAGGAAGCAAUAAUGUCAAACAUUUUCAUGAAAAGUCAAAGGAGAAGAAAAAGAUCAAGGAUUUUAGAAAAACCAAGGAUUCAAAGAGUUUUAAUGGGAAUGGACAGCAAGUUCUUCACCCCGAUGCUGCUGAAGAGGCCUUGCUUUCUGUUGCACCUGAUGGAGAAAAUCAUGAUGCGAAAAUUGCUACUAUGGAGAGUUACAACCCUGAAAGUCAGGAGGAUGAGGAACAGAGGCACAGGGUUGAACUUGAAGCAGAGGAAAGAAAGCUUGAAGAAACUCUGGAGUAUCAAAGACAAAUUGAGAAUGAUGCUAAACUAAAGCAUUUUGCUGGACAACAUAAAAAGGUUGCCAGUAUGCAUCUGGAUAUGCCUGCCAUGCCCAAUUGCAAUGACCAAGAUCUAGUUGCCAGUAAACAGAAGAGAAUUACCAAGGAAUCAUUGCUUCAGAAUAAUGGUUCUCUAUGCUCUUUGGAAGGCUUUCCAACGAACACUAUUGAUUCAGAUGUACAUAAAUCUGGACUUUCUAAUGGAAUAUUUCCUGAGGGGAGCACUUUGAUAUCUGAUCGACCGGCAGGAAGGCGAAAUAGACGCCAGAAGGGUUCAAUAAAAUAUAAUGAAGAGAAGUGCCACCCAGUUCCAUCAAAAGGGGAAAAUACUGAAUUUGGUGAAGCGAGAUCUUCUGAUGGCUCAUUAGAAAAAGAGCAUUCUGAGGGUAGUGGCCUGAAGAUAUUGGCGCAGCAAGUUGAAGAUGAUGACGAAAAAAGGUUUCAAGCUGAUCUUAAAACAGCUGUACUAGAAAGCCUUGCUCACUCUGGGACACCACACCGGAUGUUCUCAGAGCCGGCUGAUACAGGAGUUCCAUACGAGGAUUUUGCUAUUAAAAUUGUUAAUGGAAAUGAUGUAUACGGAACAGGGCUAAAGAAUGAAGUCGGGGAAUAUAAUUGCUUUGUGAAUGUCAUAAUUCAGUCAUUGUGGCAUCUAAGACGAUUUCGAAGUGAAUUCUUGAGAUCAUCUCCAGAGCAUAAUCAUGUUGGUGAUCCAUGUGUCGUAUGUUCUUUGUAUGAUAUCUUUACUGCUCUGAGCGUGGCGUCAUCACAGUCACAAAAAGAAGCAGUUGCUCCUAACUCUCUUCGGAUUGCUCUGAGCAACCUGUAUCCUGACAGCAAUUUUUUCCAGGAGGGCCAGAUGAACGAUGCUUCUGAAGUGCUAGGUGUGAUAUUUGAUUGCCUGCAUCAAUCAUUUACAUCAGCUUUGGGUGCUUGUGAUUUGGAAUCAGCAGACAGCAGCGGCAGUUUGGAUUCACGGGAUUGCACAAACAGUGCUUGUAUUGUACAUUCUCUUUUUGGAAUGGAUGUUUUUGAACGGAUGAACUGCUAUCAAUGUGGAUUAGAGUCUAGACAUCUGAAAUAUACUUCUUUCUUUCACAAUGUUAAUGCAAGUGCUCUCCGGACAACGAAGGUUAUGUGCCAAGAUACAUCCUUUGAUGAGCUAAUGAAUCUCGUUGAGAUGAACCACCAGUUGGCUUGUGCUCCAGAUGCUGGCGGAUGUGGGAGACAUAAUCAUAUCCACCGUUUCCUCUCAACUCAUCCACAUGUUUUCACUACAGUUUUGGGUUGGCAGAAGACUUGUGAGAGUGUUGAAGAUAUAAAAGCGACAUUAGCGGCCUUAUCUACUGAGAUAGAUAUCAGUAUCCUCUAUCGUGGUCUUGAUCCAAAGAUCAAGCAUUGCCUUGUUUCAGUGGUGUGCUACUAUGGGCAGCAUUAUCACUGUUUUGCAUACAGUCAUAGUCAUGAACAGUGGAUCAUGUACGAUGACCAGACUGUGAAGCUCAUUGGCAGCUGGGUUGAUGUUCUGACCAUGUGUGAAAGAGGGCAUUUGCAACCACAACUCCUAUUCUUCGAAGCUAUAAACUAGUUUUGACCUAGUUCUGAAAUGUAUAUGUGGAAUGUCUAUUACUACAAAACAAGACAUUAAAAGAUUGAGACACUAACAAAGGAAAGGUAGAGUUCUUGACUUGUACGCGCAAACAUCUUCGGAGUGCUGAUUUGAGAAUGGAGAAUCACGCAUCAUGGAAUACCAAUUUUACACGAUUUUUUUUCCCUUCAGUCCAAGGAUAAAUUUUCGCACUCAGUCAUUUUUCUAAAGUUCCAUGGAUAUGUCCAAACGUCCAAUAAGGUGGUUCGUUUGAGGAAGAAUUACUAGCCGUGGAACUCACGGGUGGGACAACAAUUCAAACUACAAGAUUUUACAGCUUUCUGUUCACGGUGGGCAGGAGUACAAGGUAAAAUGGCCCUCUCUUUUACAUUUCCAAUAUAAGAAAGCAUUGUAUAGAUCCCAUAUCAAAUCUAUAGCCUUAUUAGCUAUGUUGUCUACUGACAUCCUUCCCUUUUUAAUUUCCCCUUCUUUUGGGAAGAUUAGAUUUUGAAUUGAGUUGGGCACCCAAAAACUCCUACCUUUUGAUGAUAAUGGAAGACUGAAUUUCCCACUGGAUUUUUCUUACUGCUGCCGGUGGCGGCUCAGUUUCUCACAAAACAGAGUUAAAACCAGUUUUGUUCUGUAGUUAUUCCAUUUUGGAUUUCACGCAAAACAAAAGAUAGAAUGGAGG